UAAAGAUGCGACUAGUGUGUCAGUUGUUCGCGCGUCCUGCGCUGCUAUUGUUGUGUUGUCUGCUACCGGCAAAUAUGGCCUUGACCCACUACGAAUACUACACAGAUGGCGGAAUUCAAAGCGGAUUAUCUGACGACCAACCGAACUUCACGCUAAAUGGAAAAAACAUUUCCUUAUAUAGCGGGGCAAUUCACUUUUUCAGAGUGCACCCGCAAUAUUGGAGGGACAGGUUAAGAAAACUCAGAGCUGCUGGGUUGAAUACUGUCGAAACGUAUGUGCCAUGGAACCUUCAUCAACCUGAAGUUGGCCUUUUUGAUUUUGGCGAUGGAGGAACUGAGUUUGAGGAGUUCUUGGAUAUUGUUAGAUUCAUCCAAAUGGCGAAAGAGGAGGAUUUGUUUGUUAUAGUUCGCCCUGGUCCGUAUAUUUGUGCCGAAUGGGAGUUUGGAGGUUUGCCCAGUUGGUUGCUGCGAUACCCAGACAUGAAAAUACGAACUUCCGAUGUUCAGUUCGUAAAACUCGUUGAAAAUUAUUAUGUUAAGUUAUUGGCACUAUUGGCGCCUUUACAGUUUACUAAAGGAGGUCCAAUCAUAGCCUUCCAAAUUGAAAACGAGUAUGGCAAUACAGAUAACAAAGUUGACCCUGUCGAUACCAAAUACUUGGAGACGAUUAAGAAUAUAAUGAUCACAAAUGGAAUUAAUGAAUUGUUUUUCACUUCUGAUACCCCUUCCAAUGGUUUUACCGGAACUAUACCCGGAGUUCUAGCCACUGCUAACUUCCAAGAUGGCGCGAAAAAUGAGUUGACUUUACUGAAAAACUUCCAACCCAACAAACCACUUAUGGUCAUGGAAUAUUGGUCAGGUUGGUUCGACCAUUGGACCAACCAACACCAAACAAGAACUGUAACCAGUUUUACGAAUGCAUUGGAAGAAAUCAUCAAAUUAAAUUCUUCAUUUAACUUAUACAUGUUCCAUGGAGGUACAAAUUGGGGCCUUUUAAAUGGCGCCAACAUCGGUAAAGGUAUUGAUAAUGCCGGUUAUUCACCCGAUACCACCAGCUAUGAUUAUGAUGCACCCUUGUCGGAAAAUGGCGAUUAUACCGAAAAAUACCACAAGCUUAAAGAGUUAGUUAGCAAGCAUAGCAAUAUUAAAUUUCAACAACCUGAAGAACCAGCCUUGGUUAAAAGAGUGGCCUAUCCUUCUAUUAAUGUGAUACCACAUCAGUUGUCACUUGGUGAUUUGAUUGCUCAAAACGAUGUAAGUCCAAUUGAAAGCCCAAAACUUAUGUCUAUGGAGAAUUUGAACAUUAACAACAACUCGGGUCAAAGUUAUGGCUAUAUUGUAUACAGAAAAACAAAUGUGACUAUUGCGUCGAACUCCACUUUAAAAAUUGAAGGUAGAAUCUGUGACAGUAUUAUGGUUUUAAUAAAUGGAGAAUUGGUAUCCCCAAUACUAGAAGAAUCAUCUGAUUUGAAUAAUUUUGGAUAUUGGAAUCUUAAAGAUUCUACAUUGAAUUUGGGCGCAAAUGAGUAUAAGUCUAUUACUCUGGAUCUAGUGGUAGAAAAUUGGGGACGCAAUAAUUACGGAUUAUUGGAUCAAUUUAAUCAAAAGAAAGGAUUAUGGCAAGGCGAUGUUCUAAUAAACAACGAAGUAUUAACUAAUUUCCAAAUAAUCCCUCUACAGUUUAAGAAAGAGUGGGUUCAAAAGCUGACAAAUUGGAAAGAUGCAAAACUUAAAGUAGGUCCUACUCUAUAUAAAGCUACACUUAAUAUCGAUGAAGUUAAGGAUACCUAUAUUGACACGAGAAAUUGGAAGAAAGGAAUCAUAAUUGUAAAUGGUUUUAAAUUAGCAAGGUAUGCCAGAGUGGGUCCUCAACAAUGCGCUUACCUACCUGCACCGAUUUUAAAGAAAGGAGACAAUGAGAUAUUAAUAUUUGAACAUUUUACGCCAGGUAAAGUUAUAAACUUUGCCACUGAUCCUGUAUUUGAAACUUUGUAAAUAUUUGUUUAUUAGUUAUUUAAACAAAUAUUCUAUACGUAAUACCUAAUAACCCAAUUAUUUUAAUCAUUUGAUAAUUGUUUAACGUACCGUUCUUAUCAUUUGGAAAUGUUCCAAUCUAAAACUAAACAGUAUAACAACAUUGGUUAAACAAUAUUUUUGUAUUAAGAUGGUUUUGUAUCUUUUUGUUUUAUUUUUGUAACAAAGUAUACUUAGUUUUCUGUAAAUUGACCUAUUUUUUGAUUUGAUCUAAUACCUAAAUAUUUUGUAAU